GGGGAGUGGAGGGCUUGGCUCCGCCAACGGGGGGCCGGCGGCGGCGGGCAUGGGGACCGCGGUGGCGCACCCAGUGGCGUCGGGGGGGACUGACGUGCAGAAGGUGGAGCAGAAGAUGGAGGAAGCUCCUGUCCGGUGGCGCAGCCCUGACAACGGCCAGACCGGCAUGCAGGCGGGGGUGACUCACUCGUGGGGCAGAGGGCAGACCGUAACUACGGGCGCGCCGCCACCGACUCGGCCGUCGCUGGAGGACAUUUCAGCGCUCAUGUUCCUCAAGUCCAGCGAUGCAGCGCCCAGAUCUCCCGCCAUGUGACACCCGGCCUAACUCGCCCCCAGGGAUAAGGCCGCUAGAUACCCAGCGAGGGCCACAAGGCAGAGGCUAGGGAUGGCAUGCAACCAGCAGCUGGUCAUCCUGGAAGAGAGCUGCAUUCGCGCUGCUGUAAUGAUGAUGACAUUGCGUGGGCUGUAAGGACAAACUCCCUUCAUGGCGCAUUUGCUUUGGCAUGUGGCGCUGCCCUGUGAUCUGCUUGGAUGCCCCUUCCUGCAGAGAUGCAGGGCGCCUGAUGAACCUCAAGAGAACAUGCAAUCAAACGGGAACAGCUCAAUCCUAUCAAGUAGACUUAACCUUGCAGCCUCUCCUCUGCCAGGCCUCUCUGACUGCCUCUGGAGUGACUUGAAGUAUUUUUCUUUCCUGACUGUCUCAAUAAGGCACCUGCUGCUGUUGCAGCUCUCAGCUGCAUGCAGUAAAUGCCGAGUCUGUGCGUAUGCGAGCGAUAGAGGUUUCAAAUAUUAGCUUUCUUUGUUGUCCUGCUUCCUCCCUAGACCUGUUGUCUUGGACUGGACACGGCAUUGCACACUUUGCAACCCAGAGAAUGGGUUGUCGUGCGCUGAAAAUUUGAUGCUGGACAGUCAAAAGUUGGAAAUGUAUCACGAGUCGGACAUGUUGGCUAAGGUGGUGUGUCGCUAUGUACGAUGGUGUAAAACGAGAUCUUCUUUC